AAUUCCUCAUGUCACAAGAUCCGAGGACAGAGCUCAUCUGCCAAUGUUAAAACCCCUUCAAAUGCCCAAUUGAAGACUCUUUAAUAUGCAGGCUUUACAAACUGAAUGUUGUGCAAAAAAUUAAAGAACUACCAAUGCAUUUUUUUAACCGAACACUAUGCACAAGCCUGACACUGCCAUUUUUGACAAUGCAAGUCUAUUUGUUAAUGCGUUUGUUCAGAAAAACUCCUCACUUCCUCUGCCAGGCACAAUGAAUAAUGUUGCUGCUCAUUGUGUCCACACAGAUUCUUUCUUCUGGCCCGGGUGGGUGGAGAACGAGGCAUUUGAUCUGAAUUCUGAAGAGUCUUGUUAGUCCUCAUAAAGAGUAACAUUGUGUGUAAAUGGCUUAUAUAAGUGCGUGUGACAUCGGUGGUGCAGGGUUGUGGCUAGUAUCGCGAAAACAUUUUGCAUUUGCGUAGAGCAUGAUGAUCUUCUGAGAGACCGUUAGAUGUUUCCAACACGGCUUUGUUCAUCAUCACAGCUGAAGGUAAACUGCUAAAUCAUUUUACAUUUAGAAGAAUAUUUCAUGUGUAUUUGGAUGACGAUUUAUAAAUGCCCUUUUGAGUAAUAUGCUGUAUUGGAAGUUUUUUUUUUGUGUGGGGUUGCUGUUGGCCCUAUUCUCUCAUGUCAGGUUAAAAAAACCAGCAUAUACUGGGUUAGGUAGGUUUUGAUGCUGGUUUGACCAGCUAUGGACCAGCACAUGACCAGUUAAACAAGCAUCAAAACAUACCAAACCAGCAUGUGCUGUUUCUUUCAAAAGAGAUGUGGCUCUAAUACAAACGCUUGAGCUUUUAUCCAGCUUCAGAGUGACGAGAAUACUUCGCCGACUCAACUUUCCAAAUGCCAAGAAUACAGCCCGUUUCAUCAGGUUUGGACCAAGUACACUGCGUAAGCUGCUUCCUCGCGGGCUGAGCCUGUCUUGGAUUUCAGCAUGAAUUGGGCAUCGUUUUAUGCUGUGAUCAGCGGUGUGAACAGACACUCGACCGGCAUCGGACGCAUCUGGCUGUCUGUCAUCUUCAUCUUUCGCAUCAUGGUGCUGGUGGUGGCCGCUGAGAGCGUGUGGGGGGACGAGAAGUCGGGCUUCACCUGCAACACCCAGCAGCCCGGCUGCAACAGCGUCUGCUACGACCAGUUCUUCCCCAUAUCGCACAUUCGCCUCUGGGCCCUGCAGCUCAUACUGGUGUCCACGCCGGCUCUGCUGGUCGCCAUGCACGUCGCGCAUCGCCGUCACGUGGAGAAGAAGAUUCUCAAAAUAACCGGGCGUGGUAGCGCAAAGGACUUUGAAGACAUCAAGAGACAAAAGUUUAAGAUCACGGGUGCGCUCUGGUGGACCUACAUGAUAAGCAUCAUCUUCCGUGUCAUUUUGGAGGUUGUUUUCUUAUACAUUUUUUACGUGCUCUAUCCAGACAUCAAGAUGGUGCGUCUGGUGAAGUGCGAUUCCUACCCCUGUCCCAAUACCGUGGACUGUUUUGUGUCCCGUCCAACAGAGAAGACCAUCUUCACUAUCUUCAUGCUGGCGGUGUCUGGUGUUUGCGUUCUGCUGAACCUUGCUGAAGUUGUGUAUUUAAUAGCAGGGGCGUCUGUCAGAUGCUUUCCUGGAAGGGCUGGUGAAGGUAAAGGACCUUGGCUGACUCAGAAACUGGCCACCUACAAGCAGAAUGAAAUCAAUCAGCUGAUAUCAGAGCACUCAUUCAAACCCAGACUCAACGUGGGCCGGAAACCUGCCGCUGACAGGUCGGAGCGCUGCUCUGCUUUCUAGAGUACUGACAACCCGGUGGUCUCAUCGACAGCCAAAACAACACAUUUAUUAGGUUAAAGGGAGCGUUGACCUAAAAAUGAAAAUUCUUUCAUCAUUUGCUCACCCUCAUGUCAUUUUAAACCUGUAUGACUAUUGAAAAGGAGGAAAAAAAACAUUCGCUAACCAAACAACAUUAGCCCCCAUUGUAUGACCAAAAAAUCAAGAUUUGAGGAUGAACUAUUCCUCUUAUUCAAACGAUAAGGCUUUGUGUGGAGAUACAGGAUAUGCUGGAGAACCCUGAACAGAUUCAAGUACUCUCUUAAAAAUAAAGGCGCUUAAAAGGUCCUUCACAGCGAUGCCAUAGAAGAACCAAUUUUGGUUCCACAAAGAACCAUUCAGAAAAAGGUUCUCUAAAGAGCCCUCUCUUUCUUUCUUUCUUUCUUUUUAUAAUCCGAAGAACCGCAACAAAGAAUCUGUUUUAUGAAACAAACAGGUUCUUUACGGAACCAAAAGCUUCUAUGGCAUCGUUGUAAAGAACCUUUUGAAGCACAGUUUUUUGGCAGUGUACUGCAAACAUCUCUCUUCUCAAAAGCAGAAUAAAAGCCUUCCACCAACGCUCAUGUCAAUGUGAGGGAGGCAUACAAACACGUGUGGAUGGUUUUGCUUCAGUUGCGUAAUAUAGUUUACGUUUGGUGCGGUGUCAUCUGCACAUGUGUCUAAAGCACAUUUGACCAACAGAGAUUCAAAAAGCCUUUAGCAAUGAAAUAAAUUAUUAGAUUAGGUUGUGAAGGGAAGGCGUGCUUUUCUAAGCAAUCAAGAUAUAUCCUAUUCUCACAGCACACAAUAAUACAAGAGAAAAAAUCCCCUAGAUUUACAAGAGACAAACAGGAUUUAUGUAACCGAGACCAACUAACUGACAACAUUCACAAGCAGGAAUAUACUGUAUGUAUUGAAGCAUUAUUGACAAACACUGCUCACAAUUCCUUUUCAAAAAGUGAGCAGAAAACCAUGUUGUUUUUGUAUAAAUUAUUAUUUAUUAAAAACAAGCACUAGACAAUGAA